CUGAGGACGACGCUAGAGACUCUUCUGAACCUGACACUGGAGACUCUUCUGAACCUGACACUGGAGACUCUUCUGAACCUGACACUGAAGACAGUGCUGAUUGGAAGGAGACCAGAGAACCUGCGUCAGGCUCAAACUCACUGAAAAAUAGACAAGAAUCUGUCAAUGAUUCACAACGUAGUGCUGUAAAGAAACCAUUUGGCUGCUCUUUGUGUACGAAAAUGUUUACAUAUAGAAGCAAUGUUCAUCAACACAUGAGAAUCCACACAGGAGAGAAACCAUUCAACUGCUCAGUCUGUAAGAAAGCUUUUUCACAGAAUAUACAUUUAAAGGAACACAUGAGAAUCCACACAGGAGAGAAACCGUUUAGCUGCUCAGUUUGUAUGAAAUAUUUUGCAUUGAAUGGAACUUUAAAAAAACACAUGCGAAUCCACACAGGAGAUAAACCACACAGCUGCUCAAUCUGUAAGAAAGCUUUUUCAAAGAAUAUAGAUUUAAAGAGACACAUGAGAAUCCACACAGGAGAGAACCCAUUCAGCUGCUCAGUCUGUAAGAAAGCUUUUUCAAAUAAUAGAAAUGUAAAGCUACACAUGAGAAUCCACACAGGUGAGAAACCAUUCAGCUGCUCAGUCUGUAAGAAAGCUUUUUCAAAUAAUAGAAAUGUAAAGAUACACAUGACAAUCCACACAGGAGAGAAAGCACACAGCUGCUCAGUCUGCAAGAAAGCUUUUUCACAGAGUGGAAAUUUAAAGGAACACAUGAGAGUCCAUACAGGAGAGGAAAUAUACAGCUGCAAUGUUUGUGACAAAAGAUUUAAAUGGCGUAGUGAUUUAAAAAGACACAAGUGUGUUGGUCGUCAGUCCUCACAGCUUAAUGAAAUUCAAACGGAGGAUAACGGAGAGGCAGAGCCUCCAAUCAGCAGCUCAGCUGAACACAUGGAAACAGAAGCUGAUGGAGAGGACAAUGAAUCAGUCUUAUGACAGUUCACACAUGAGAAAAAUCUGUCUGACUGGAUUAACAUUGUUGCACAACAGUCAUAUAAGACUUAACCUGUUGAACCCCAUCCCCCCGCCCCCGGGCGGAAAAAUGCAUCAUCAACAGGAAACAGCGUAUUUCUCGUUUAAUAAUCGUUACCUUUCCUCAGGACCAAGUUCCCGUGUCCUGCCUUUCACGUGCUGAUCACCCACUGCUCAUUUAAGGUGGACUGACCUUUACAAUGGACCAGCUAGUCUUAGAAUAUUAAUGCAUAAGUUUUGUAAAGUGAUGCUGGACCAAAAACGUGCCGUUGGGUUGUGUGCUCUCUGCAGGACGGGGUCUGUACUCAAAGAUUGUUUAUGAAAUGAGAGCUUCACUCUGUUUUUGUUGUCCAAACGAAGCCAACCAUGAUACGUCUUCUUUCCAGCAGAUGGCAUAAAUGUUACAUCCUCCCGUUCAACUGUCAUCCACAUAUUAAUGAUUCAAAACAGCAAUGUGUAAGAUAUGGCUCGUAAUUGACUAUUUCAACAGAAUGUGAAGAGGUUACAGUCUUGAGGCCAUGUCCAAUAUGUUUAUGUUUUGUUUGAUUAAAUCUACUGAAAGGAG